AUGGCGGCCGGCGUGGAGGAGAGGCCAAGCGGAGAGGGAGGCGGCGGCGUGGGGUGUUCCCGGCUCUGUCACUCUCUCUCCGCCUCACGAGAGGAGGAGGAGCAGGAGAGUAGGCCGCACGCGCGCUCACGCCACACGCACGCAGCCACGGGAGCGCGCACGUCCAGGCCGGCCGCUCCCUGCUUCCUUUCCCCUCUCAGCUCUAGUGCGCCUGCGCAGAGGGAGGCGGCGCCCGACGAAAAGGGGCGGAGCUUUGUGGCGUUCAAGCUUAGGCUAGUGCGCCUGCGCAGAGACAGGCUGCGCCCUGUGCGUGCGCAAGCCCGACGACGCACGUACGCACGCACGCCGGCCUGCCGCUCCCUUUCUGAGAGGGAAAAAGAGCAAGGCACGCACGCGCACGCACGAGAUAACUGGUGGGCCACAAAAGCAAGCAUGAAGGGCAGCCGCCAUCUUAGGCGCAAGUUGCAUCUUGCCGGACAUCUCCAAACCCACAAGUGUCAGCACUGUGGGAAAUGCUUUGCUCAGAAGGCAAACUUUGAGUGUCACCUGAGAGUCCACACAGGAGAGAAACCCUACAAAUGCCAGCACUGUGGGAAAGGCUUUGCUCAUAAGGGAGACCUUAAGUGUCACCUGAGAGUCCACACAGGAGAGAAGCCCUUCAAAUGCCAGCACUGUGGGAAAGGCUUUGCUCAGAAGGCAAACUUUGAGCGUCACCUGAGAGUCCACACAGGAGAGAAACCCUUCAAAUGCCAACACUGUGGGAAAGGCUUUGCUCAGAAGAGAGACCUUAAGUGUCACCUGAGAGUCCACACAGGACAGAAGCCCUUCAAAUGCCCGCACUGUGGGAAAGGCUUUGCUCAGAAGGCAAACUUUGAGCGUCACAUGAGAGCCCACACAGGAGAGAAACCCUUCAAAUGCCAGCACUGUGGGAAAGGCUUUGCUCAUAAGGGAGACCUUAAGUGUCACCUGAGAGUCCACACAGGAGAGAAGCCCUUCAAAUGCCAGCACUGUGGGAAAGGCUUUGCUCAGAAGGCAAACUUUGAGCGUCACCUGAGAGUCCACACAGGAGAGAAACCCUUCAAAUGCCAGCACUGUGGGAAAUGCUUUGCUUGGAAGCCAGACCUUGAGAUUCAUCUGAGAGUCCACACAGGAGAGAAACCCUACAAAUGCCAACACUGUGGGAAAGGCUUUGCUCAUAAGAGAGACCUUAAGUGUCACCUGAGAGUCCACACAGGAGAGAAACCCUACAAAUGCCAGCACUGUGGGAAAGGCUUUGCUCGUAAGGGACACCUUGAGUGUCACCUGAGAGUCCACACAGGAGAGAAACCCUACAAAUGCCAGCACUGUGGUAAAGGCUUUGCUCGUAAGGGAAACCUUAAGUGUCACCUGAGAGUCCACACAGGAGAGAAACCCUUCAAAUGCCAGCACUGUGGGAAAGGCUUUGCUCAUAAGGGAGACCUUAAGUGUCACCUGAGAGUCCACACAGGAGAGAAAGCCUAUGAAUGCCGGCACUGUGGGAAAUGCUUUGCUCAUAAGGGAGUCCUUGUGUGUCACCUGAGAGUCCACACAGGAGAGAAACCCUACAAAUGCCAGCACUGUGGGAAAGGCUUUGCUCAUAAGGGAUCCCUUGAGUGUCACCUGAGAGUCCACACAGGAGAGAAACCCUUCAAAUGCCAGCACUGUGGGAAAUGCUUUGCUUGGAAGGGACACCUGAAGUGUCACCUGAGAGUCCAUACAGGAGAGAAACCCUACAAAUGCCAGCACUGUGGGGAAGGCUUUGCUCGUAAGGGACACCUUGAGUGUCACCUGAGAGUCCACACAGGAGAGAAACCCUACAAAUGCCAGCACUGUGGUAAAGGCUUUGCUCGUAAGGGAAACCUUAAGUGUCACCUGAGAGUCCACACAGGAGAGAAACCCUUCAAAUGCCAGCACUGUGGGAAAGGCUUUGCUCAUAAGGGAGACCUUAAGUGUCACCUGAGAGUCCACACAGGAGAGAAAGCCUAUGAAUGCCGGCACUUGAGGACAUCCAUUUCCAGGUGGUCAGGCUUGGCUUCAAGUGCCUUCUUCCUCUUGGCGUACUCCUCCUUGCAACUACUUGGCAGAACACUGCACAGAAUGCGUGAAGGGCGCAUUUACAUGCGUGCUGAUGCUUGCGUGAGUCUUCAGAUGGAAAGAUGCUUCAAUGACGACGAAUGGGGAAAGCCAGCCUGCCUCCUAAUGUGGAACCCCGGCUCCACGUAG